GCCGUGGAGGACGAGGACAGCAAGCCGGACGGCGUCCCUGCACUGAACAACAUCUUCGAGUCGAUUGCCGCCCCCCCGGAGUCUGUCCAAGAAUACGAGGCCACGCACCACGGUGGCACCGGAUUUGUGUUCCUGGUUCGCUUGGCCAGUGACA